GUGCAAAAAGCGAAAGUAUUCAGUGUGUUGGAGAUAACAAGAUGGCUACCUUUAAGUAUUCCCUGCUGCUUUUCACGCUUCUGCUGGCCAUCCAUUUGGAGGCCUCGAAAAUAGUCUACAAGAAGCCGCUCUACGGAAACGGAAAUGCCAUCAAGGAUAAGCGUGUGAAAAGUAAGGCCAUUAAACCGGAAACCACCACCAUGAGCAGCACCAACACAACCACUCAGGAGAACAUGCCCACCGCCGUGGAGUUCGUGAUCAUAACCACGCCCAAAAGCGAGUUGGAAACCCCUUCGGAACUGAUGAGUAAUGGUAGCAGUGGUAUGACCACCACAGAAUCGGGUGUCUUGGAGGUGGCCUACCCGGGGUCCGUGGAGGAAUCCACGAGAGCCGGAGAAUCAUCCACCACACCGCCGAUCACAACCACUACGAGCGGCAGUCUGGUCAGCACAAUUCCCUCGCCGCCGAUUCCAGGAUCCUCGGCGGUGCCUUUCCAGCAGGACAAUCAGCCGGUUCCCUGCACUUGUGGCGUCUUCCUCUCCUCGCAGAUCCUCAAUGGACUGCCCACGAAACCGCUGAUCCACCAGGAACUGGAUCGCGUGUUCCCCUGCAAUGCCAUCGGUAGCAAGCAGUGCCAGACUAAGUGUCUGGAGGCGAUCGUCCAGCAUCUGCCCAACUCCGCAAAUAUCGUUUGCUCCGCCUUGGGUCACGACUGCCACAAGGAGCGCGCCUAUUUGUUCAUCAAGAACUGUCACAACCAGUGGGUUAACACCAACCUGCAGGCGGGCAGGGAGUACUGCUGUCGCGCUGGAGUGCCCUACCGGUGUCCUUUGAUAGGUUAAUGCUGUGGGUUUUCAAUAAAUGAUUGAUAUGAAAAAAAA